AUGCGAGUGGGGUCGUCUGCAAGUGAUUCAAGAGCAGUGUCUAUCUCUGACCUGAAAGUCCAAACGACACCUCAGCGGGUGCGCGCACGAGUGCAAUUUGCGACGGUUUGUGGGUCGAUGUAUCUAGCCGGAUGGAACGAUGGGACAACUGGUCCAUUGCUCCCCCGGAUACAGAAAGUGUAUGGCUUGAAUUUCGUUGUCGUAUCCCUCAUAUUCGUGUUCGCAUGUAUUGGCUUCCUAUCUGGAGCAUUCGCAAACCUAUAUCUAGACGGUAGAUUCGGUUUUGGGAAGGUAAGUUCUGCGUGUCAAGUUCUAGCGUACGCCAUAGAGGCGGGUGCCUUGCCAUUUCCUGCAUUCGUGUUAGGUUACGCCAUCAAUGGCUUCGGACUGGCUCUGCAGUACACACAAUCGAAUGGUUUUGUGGCCAGUCUCAAGAGUAAACCCGAGGUGAAAAUGGGGAUCAUCCAUGCGGUAAGUGCUGGCGCUUUGUCGUCUCCUUUGGCAGCUACACAAUUUGCUCAGCUUCCGCAUUGGUCACUUCACUACCUGUGUAGUCUUGGUAUUGCAUUCAUAAACACUGUAUUGUUGGUUGCGGUCUUUGGGUUGAAAACACAGGAUGAAUGCCUCGCUCAGAUUGGACAGCCAGCAGGCAAAAAGGGAACGAGUGAAAAGAGCCAGUUCAGCCAGAUAUUGCGGCUCAGAGAAGUACACCUUCUCGCCUUCUUCCUUUUGAUAUAUGUAGGAGUGGAGGUCACUGUGGGUGGCUGGAUGGUGACGUACAUAAUCUACGUGCGCGGAGGAGGUCCAAGUUCGGGAUAUAUAUCAUCAGGGUUUUUCGGAGGUCUCAUGAUCGGCCGUGUCGGUCUUUUGUGGGUGAACAAAACGGCGAGUCUCUAUCCCGUUUAUAGCAUGCAACGUAACAGACCUCAAAUUUCACAGGUCGGGGAACGUCGUGUUUUGUUCAUUUACGUCAUUUUGGCAAUUGGGCUGGAACUAAUAGUAUGGCUGGUGCCUUCGCUCAUUGGUGGAGGCGUUGCGAUCUCCAUAAUCGGUAUGCUUUUGGGGCCGAUGUAUCCCAUUGCUGUGAAUCACGCGGUACGAAUCCUCCCUGAGUGGCUCAUCACAGGGUCAAUUAGCUGGAUUGCAGGCUUCGGGCAGGCAGGUUCUGCGCUCUUGCCAUUCUUAAACGGUGCCAUUGCAUCGAAGACGGGAAUCAAGAGUUUACAGCCAUUUCUCAUCUCGAUGAUGGCGUUCAUGAUCGUCCUGUGGGCUUUAGUGCCGAGAACAGCUAGGAGAACUGAAUGA